AUGCAAGCCUAUCGGGCGUAUGAAGGGACACCGUGUCCUCAUUUGGAUGAACCCUUCGGAGUAAGUGACGUGCGACGAGCCCUGCACGAACUCAACGGCGGAUCAGCACCGGGUCCGGAUAGGGUUAGCAAUAAAGCACUUAGAAACUUGGAAGAUGACUCUGUUGAAUAUCUCACUGACGAGAUUAAUAAGAGUUGGAAGGGAGGUGAUAUCCCGGAGCAAUGGAAGCUGGCCAAGGUGAUACUCAUACCCAAGCCCGAGCUAUCGCGACCGGUGUUCCUCGUGGAGCCUCCGAACCGCGUGGUGUUCAGCAAUGCCACUGGAGCCCACAUUUCUUGCUCAGUGUCCGGUUCCCCGAAGCCCCUGGUCACGUGGCACACACACCAAGGCCACGCAGUGGACUCUCAGAGCGGUGUCGUAUCCAAAGGCAGCGCUGCCACGGCUUCCGGCAAGGGUGGCUCGGGGGACGUCCUGGUCGCCUCGGCUACUCCGAACGGAUUACGCCGCGUGCUGCAGGACGGCACGCUCAUGUUCCGGGCGUUCGGAGAGAGCGAGUACGCCGCUGACGUUCACCACGCUACGUAUCGCUGCUCGGCCACAAACAGCGUUGGCACCAUCGUCAGCAGGGAUGUCAAGGUUCGAGCAG